GUUUUGAAAUCGCGUUCAGAGUUGAAGCGUGGCGGAUCCCGUAGGUAGGAAACCGCUGCCAAGCAACGGGGAAGCGGCGAAAGUUAUGCACAAAUAAUGUCGUCGCAGUUUCAUGAGAAAUCUAAAGUUGAUGUACAAAGGAAGAAGGCACCAGGAUCAGUGACAAGUAGUACUGUGACUUCUACAAUUAAACCACAUCCAAGACCCAGUGAUCGACUGAAUCCUAAAACCAUCAAUCCAUUCAGCAACCCAUUGAGCCAAAAAUCUGCAUUUGCUACAGCGUAUGCUAAAAGAGAGAUUCCUUGCAGAUUGGUUCAUGGCUCAGUCAGUCAUAAACUGCAAUGGGAGCAGCCACCCGAGACCAUUCCGUUUGACCCAAUCCUUAUCAUCUUAGCUGAGGGAUUAAGAGAAACAAGACACCCUUACACGUUUGUAACCAAAGAAGGAUUCAAAGAACUGCUGGAGGUUGAAGAUGCCGCUGAAAAAGCUAUUCCAUUGGUUCCAAAGGUGAUUCCAAAGUUAAAAGCUGCUCUGGCACAUUCAGACAUUGAGGUGUUUGAGAGGGGAUUGCAUGGUUUAGUCCAGCUAAGUGCUGUUGUUGGCCCUGCUGUGAAUGAUCAUCUUAAACAUUUGUUGACUAGUCUGUCAAAAAGACUGAUGGAUAAAAAUCUUAAGCAGCUGAUCACAGAUGCCCUGCAAAGACUGGAACAACAUGGUGGAAAGGAUUGUCUGGUUAUUAUUAAAUCCAAAAUUCCUACCUAUUGCUCCAUUUAUAAUUGAAGAAACACAACUGCCUUUGAGAUCCCUGACUUAGCCAUAAAAAAAGCUGGAAGAUCAACCAAAAGCUUUCCACUGCACUGUGAUGUCACUAUUUUAUGGAAGCAUUGGAAUACAGACGUUUCCCACUCAUACACCACAGGAAUAAUAAUAGGAUUAGAUAAAGGAUAAAGAAAUUAAAAAAUGCAAAGCCUAGGAGGAAGUGCAGAAAGAAAAAAAGUGCAUCUCAUUAAAGAACUGAAAUGAUGUAAGGGGAGAAGUUGUGUGUUUGUGUGGGAAGGAGGAGGUUGUUGGUGUGCUGAAAUCAAAAUUUUAUUUUCCAAGAGGUAGAAUGAUCACCAGAAAUGAUGCAAUAAGGGACUGAUAUGGCAUGACUCGUGACUUGCAUUAAUAGAACCCUCUCAAUUUUGUUACCACUUGCUCCAAUGCUUAAGUUUUAAUAUAGGUUUUAAUGGUCCAUAUGCUGGGCACAGUGUAGCAGUACUGAUGGCAGUAAUCAAUUUUGAUGACAUUACUAAGUACUUUUAUCUAUGUCAACAAAUUACUUUAGUGUUCAAUGUCAACUGCAGGUCCUAGAUAAAAUGCAUACUGGUAAUUGCUCCAAUAGUACGUUUGAAUCAGGGAAAAUAUAAGGUCAUAUUGGUUGGGUUUGACAUUUACAUUUCAAGUUUAUUUUGAAAUUUGCACUGCAUUUAACUCCAUGUUGAAACACAGGCAAAUGCAGCAAACAACAUGAUAUUCCUUUAUGUUCACCACCCAAACAAAGCUUGAAAUGUGCAGUGAAAUUCUGGGUGAAUUGCUGAGUGUUGUUUCCCUUUCCCUUUAAACGAUGAUUGUCUUCACUGACUGAAAAUUGUAUAUUCAUUUUAAUAGGUCUAAUAUGCCUCUAGCAUGUAUAGGUAUUUCAAAUAAUUGUGUUAAAUUUUAAUAAUUAAAAUCAUUAAAUACGAACAACAUAAAAUACAUUAAAACCUUCAAAGCAUUUUUAAAAUAUUAAACUAAAGCAAAAUAAUUAACUCACUAAUAAAGUAAGACACUCUCCCUUUGCCUCUGAAACCUUUACUCUCCAAACCUCAUUAUUUUCAGUGUAGCUGAGCCUCCUGAGAUGGGUCAUAUCCAGAGUGAACUUGAGUGUCGUUUUUUUUCUCAAUCUCUUUCUCUCUAUAUUUCAGAGCCCGAAAUCUCUCUAUUUCUCAACACAUGUAGAAAUCUGGGUUUUAUUUUACUUCAGGUAGCUGCUACAAAUUACUUUAGUGAUCAAUAUUAACUGCAGGUUCUAGAUAAAAUUGCUCCAAUAGUACAUUUGAAUCAGGGAAAAUAUGAUAAGGUCAUAUUGGGUGGGUUUGACUUCCUUUUCCAUUUCGUUUGUUUUGAAAUUUGCACUGCAAUUAACUCCAUGCUAAAACACAGGCAAAUGCAGCAAACAAUAUGAUAUUCCUUUAUGUUCACCACCCAAACAAAACUAGAAACGUGCAGUGAAAUUCCAGAUUUCUAUUGUAUUGCAAAAGCCACCAUGAUCAUUUCCAAUGAUGUUAGCCUGUGGGACUGCUCUUUCAUUAGAUCUUUUUUAAACACAUUUUCCAGCUGUUUCUGCAGCUUUUUCCCCAUCUCCAGCCUCAUCCCUAACUUUUCUUUCAAUUAACGUGGAUUGGAUGCAAGCUUCAAACUACUGAGCAGAAGAUAAUAAUUCUUUUAUAAGGAGAAACGCAUUUUUCCAUGGGAACAAUCAAGCAAGGCUAUCACGGUUAAUAUUUGGAAAAUUGAAACACCAUAACCAUGUUUCACUGCUAUAUAUGCUAUAUCUGUCUCCUGUCCACUGUUAGAUGAUCUGUAAUACACCCCAGCAAAGUGAUGACACUUUUUUGGUAUUCCUCAGCUAACGGUGCAAUAACAUCUCAUCUUACAUUACUUUCUGAUUUGCCUGGAUACCAAGAUGUCUGUUCUGCCCAUAUUUCAAUCACCUCACAAGGACAGCAACAGCGUCAUGGUCCUACAAGUUAAUUAGAGGUUUGCGUUCAUCCGCCUUACCAGUAAACUUCCUGUUGCAAUUUAGCUUUGUAUUCCCCUCACGAGUAUUUCUUUGCCUGCUGUGUCUACUGGAGUCUUUAACAUUUUCUCCUUUAGGGGACUAUACAUCCUCAUCUGAACAUGCACUUUUCCAAUGUAAAGGACUGGAGUGUGAAUUUUAUAAGAUUAUCAGCAGGACAUCUGCGAUGUAUGGAAAGCAGCUAGUUUAGGACAUUUGAUAAACAAUUGUAUAUUUCGUCCUGAAGCCCCUGAAGUUCCUUCCUUAUUAAGUAAGAAAGAUUAUUAAAUUAGAAAGAUACCAUGCAUGUUAGUCAUUGACUCUACCAUAAAUACUGAAGCUCUUACAAGGCCUGUUUUUUAUGUAUGCAUUAUUUGGUGGAAUGUGUAAACAUACUUUGCAAUUUUGAUGAGGACAGAAGAGAGUAUCUAUCAAACAAAUGACAAAUGUUCUGAGAAGAGUCCUUACCACAGAAUUAUGAAAGGAAGUUGGCAAUUAACAUUAAAAAGGAUACUAAGAGUUUUUUAAAAUAUAUGAAGAGUAAAAGAAUGACAUGGGUAGAUAUAGGACUGAUUGAAAAUGAUGCUGGAAAAAUAAUAAUGGGUAACAAUGAGAUGGCAGAGGAACUAAAUGAGUAUUUUGCAUCAGUCUUCACAGUGGAAGAUAUUAACAAGAUACCUGAUAGCCAGAGAUCUCAGGGAAUAGAUUAGGUACAGUCAAGAUUACUAGAGAGAAAGUGCUUGGGAAGCUAAUUGGACCAAGGAUAGAUAAGUCUCCUGGACCGGAUGAGGUGCACCAAAAGGUUCUGAAGGAGGUGGCUUUGGAGAUUGUGGAGGCAUUGGAAAUGAUCUUCCAGGAAUCAAUAGAUUCUGGGAUGGUUCCGGAGGACUGGAAGGUCGCAAUUGUAGUUCUGCUGUUUAAGAAAGGAGGGAGGCAGCAAAAAGAAAAUUACAGACCUAAGUCUGACAUCGGUAGUUGGAAAGUUAUUGGAGUUGUUCUUCAAGGAUGAGGUCAUGAAAUACAUUGGGGUGCAUGACAAGAUAGGCCCAAGUCAUGGUUUCAUGGAGGGAAGACCCUGCCUCACCAACCUAUUGGAAUUUUUUGAGGUAAUCUGAAAUAACAUUGACAGGGGAGAGGCUGUGGAUGUUGUGUAUUUGGAUUUUCAAAAGGCCUCCGAUAAGGUGCUGCACAAGAGGCAUGAUGAGAAAGAGAGAAAGAGAAAGAUGAGAGCCCAUGGAAUUACAGGAAAGAUAUUGGAAUGGGUGGAGCAUUGGCCGAUAGGCAGAAAGGAAAGGGUGGGAAUAAGGGAAUCCUAUUCUGGUUGGUUGCUGGUUACUAGUGGUGUUCCGCAGGGUUUGGUGUUGGGGCCGCUUCUUUUUACAUUGUAUAUCGAUGAUCCAGAUUAUGGAUUAAAUUGUUUUGUGGCUAAAUUUGCGGAUGGCACCAAGAUAGGUGGAGGAGCAGGAAGUGUUGAAAAAACAGAAAGGUUGCAGAAAGACUUGGUCAGUUUAAGAGAGUGGGCAGAUGAGAUAAAAUGUUGAGAAAUGUACAGUUGUACAUUUUGGAAGAAGAAAUAAUCGGGUAGAUUAUUAUUUAGAUGGGAAGAAAAUUCAAAAAUUGGAAGUGCAAAGGGACUUGGGGUCCUUGUGUAGGAUACCCUAAAGGUUAACCACCAGGUUGGAUCGGCAGUAAGGAAAGCAAAUGCUAUGUUGGCAUUCAUUUCAAGAGGAAUAGUGUAUAAGAGUAAGGAGGUGUUGAUGAGGCUCAACGGGGCACUGGUGAGAUCUCAUUUGAAAUACUGUGUACGGUUUUGGUCCCCCUAUCUUAGAAGGGAUGUACUGAUGUUGGAGAGAGUUCAGAGAAGAUUUAUGAGGAUGAUUCCUGGAAUGCAGGGGCUAACAUAUGAGGAGCGUUUGUCAGCUCUUGGAAUGUAUUCAUUAGAGUAUAGAAGAAUGAAAGGGGAUUUAUUAGAAAUAUUUCGAAUGUUGAAAGGGUUGGACAGAGUAGAUGCGGAAAGGCUGUUUCCCUUGUUGGGUGAGUCCAGGACAAGAGGCCACAGUCUUAUAAUUAGAGGGUACCCAUUUAAAACAGAGACGAGGAGAUUUUUUUUUUAGCCAGAAGGUUGUGGGUUCAUGGAAUUCAUUGCCACAUACAGGUGUGGAGGCCUGAUCAUUGUGGGUGUUUAAGGAGGCGAUUGGUAGGUAUCUAAUUAGUCAGGGUAUCAAGGGAUAUGGGGAAAAAGCCGGAAAUUGGAACUGGAUGGCAGAAUAGUUUAGCUCAUGGUGGAGUGACAGAGCAGACUAGUUGGGCCGAAUGGCCUACUUCAGCUCCUUUGUCUUGUGAUCUUGUGAGGUGAUAGAUGGAUAAGGUAAAUGGCUGAGGAAGAAGAAAGCAAUAAGGAGAGGACAAUUGACAAUGCAAGAAAGGGAAGAAAGGAACUGGAGGGAAGUGAGGAGAAGAGAUGGGCAACUAGAAUGGGGAAUAGAAAAAAGAAUUGAGGAGGGUUAUUAUUGGAAAUUACAGAAAUCUAUGUUUAUGCUAUCCGUUGGAAUAUGGUGUUAUUCCUCCAGUUUGAGUUUGGCUUCAUCAUUGCAAUAUAGGAAGUGGGCAAAGCAAAAGUGUUCAAUAAAACGUUUCCCCUAAUUUGCCUCACUGAUAUAGAGAAAGCUGCAUUGGGAGCACCAGAUCUAAUUGACUCUUCCUCAGAUGGACAGGAUUUUGUUGAUGACAUCAGCAUUUUGUGUUUGUAUCGAGUCUGGCACUGGGUAUGUAAAUGACAUGGUCUGCCAAAUAAAACUGAGUGAGUUUAACAAGAUCCUUGAUGCUGGUGAUGUGGGCCAAGGAGAGAUCAAACCAUUGGGUUGUUUGUCCUGCUGAUGAAUUUGGAAAAUAGUUAAUGUCUGGUUGGUGUCUUUGCAGUGUCUGCUUGAUUGUCUUCAAUUUUAUGAAUUUCAUUCAAUCCAUCUGUUUUUAACUGCAGAUUUAAUUCAGAUGGUGAUUGUUUAUUUCAUCAUCAAAUGUUAUUCAUUAGGACUCUUCUGUUCAAGAAUAUUUUAAUCUGGAGAGAUUCAUGUAAAAGUUCAUUCUUGUGUUGUGUGAUUAACGAUAGAAGGGUGGUAUAAUGUUGGAUUAAAAAUGGAAUUGCUCCAUUUGUGGAGGGAAUUUGAGCUCCAUUUGUUUAUCACAAUGAGUGUCAUUAUUCACAAAAUGUAAGCAUGUUCUUAUUUCAGGAUGACAAAGGAAGUUUAAUUAAACUUAGAUAUCUGAGCGUCCGGUGAGUGAUCCUACUAAUCAUCAGUCUCUUACUCACACUGGUUUCACAACUAUUCACCCAAGAAGUUGUUGGAUUAAAUUGCAGAAUUAAUUUGAAAAAUAACUUUCAUUAUACAUGAUCAUCAUUAAAGGUGAAAUUUA